GCGUGAGCGCGGCGGCGCGGUGCGGUGGCCGGGCGGUGAGGCGGGCCCUCCGGUUCCGGGUCAGGCCCCGUCCCGCCGGCCCGGGGCCUUCUCCUCUCCAUGGCGAGCGGCGGCGGGGCGGGCGCGGCGGCCUCGGCCAACCUGAACGCGGUGAGGGAGACCAUGGACGUUCUGCUGGAGAUUUCAAGGAUUUUGAAUACCGGUUUGGAUAUGGAAACACUGUCUAUUUGUGUACGGCUUUGUGAACAAGGAAUCAACCCGGAAGCCUUAUCAUCUGUUAUCAAGGAGCUCCGAAAGGGUACUGAAGCACUAAAGGCUGCUGAAAAUACAAGCUGACUUUCGGGAGGUCGUGAUGAGAGCUGUCAAGCUUGGCAAGAAAAUCUGAAGAUUGCAUUGUAGUCAAUAUGUACAAGUAGUAUAAGUACAAUUCACAGAAAAAAUUUGUGUCAUUAUUUUUACUAUUUCAAAUGAUGGUUCAAAAUAAAUUAAAAAAAAAAGAUUAUGAUGGUCAUUGGUUCGGUUCCUGUUACGGAAUCUCAAUGGAAUAUUUUCAAAAGCUUAAUAUGGAUUUAAUCUGAAUUUUUUGUUUCUUAAAUUUUAAUUUUGGUUCCAUGCUAUUUAAAUGACCUAAAAGCAUUCAUUUUCUGUAGCCUUUUUUCUUUUUUUUUUUUUUUUUAGAUAGGCAGAAGUGGUUUUAAAAAGAUUUACUAAUUAAGUAGCUACCUUUCUGCUAUUAAACUAAUCUCUUCUGUUGAUCAGUUUUGUUUUGUUUUGUUUUGUUUAGUUUAGUUUUCCUGCUAUCAGAAAGCUAAGGAAGAAGAAUUGUGAAUCACAGGCCAGCUUUGGCUACAUAGACAACAUAGUGAGACCCAGUCUCAACAGACAAAAUCAUGGCUUGUAGCUGUUUGACUUUUUAAAUGCAUGACAUUUUUACUAAGUAAACUGAAAGGUCUAUUAUAGGCAACUCUCCCAAGUUGGGAGACAGAACUUGUAAGAAUGAUCUGGUUGGUGAUAUGCAUAUAGAGCAUGCUCAAACUUCACAAUGUGUAUGAAUCCUCGACCAUAGAGUUGAUAGCUUUAUUUAUGAUUUUGUAGAUUGUUAUUUAUGUGUGAAAGAAACAAAAUAUAUUGAGGAAGGAUUGUGUUUAUAAUUGACUUGUUUAUUGUGUCACGUUUUUAAAUGUAAACAUUUUUAAUGAGUGCUUAAGUAAUAUUUAAUAAACCAGUGAUAAUGGCAGCAUCAUGCAUGUUGUCAGGGACGAAAAUAAAAUCAUUUUGGUGUUA